UGCGAUCGCUCUACAUUCCGGAAUUCCCCAACGAGCUGUGCCAUUUGGUGGAUUCAAAAGCGACGGAAGUGAGCAUAGAGUAUGAUUCCGUGUUUGUGUCUCAGUGACUCAGUUCCACUCGGACAGCAACCGCGAUCGUAUCGCUGCUGUUCCACAGCUACAAAUCAACUGAAACCUGUGCUAUUGUGCUGUGAGAUCGGUGUCUCAUCGAGAAAGAAAGUAGAAAAAUGGCUUUAGUACCAAGUGCAACUCAUAUCGACAAACGAACAGAAAUGGUGCUCAUCAAGAUUUUCGACCAUCUGGAUCUUGAGAGUCUCAAAAAUGCGACGCUAAGUUGCAAGAGAUUCCAUGAUGUUGCAUUCAGGACCACGUAUAUAAACAGAUUUAAAUUUCAACUGGCAUUACCUCAACUUUCCGUCUAUUUCAAGGAAGAGGAGCAAAUGAAGACUCUUAAAAAAGAGUUAAUUAAAAUGAAUGAGGAGAAGAUGAAGAAAGAGAAGAUUAAGAAAAACAAGAAGGUUCAGAGCGAGAAGAAUCAAAAUGAAAAUGAGAACGAGAAAAUUUAGAUCGAAAAGAUUCAGGCCGAGAUGGUUAAGGAAAUGUUAACAAAAGUGAUUGAUACGGUGGAUAAAUCUGUGAGAAAGUAUGAUAACUUGCGGUUGAUCAUAUUGCCGUACAUGCUUCCGGAUUUUUUGCAUAUCUGGAAUUCUAUUUACCAGAAAGUCUCGCCAAAUAUCUUCUCACUGGAGCUUGACUUUAAGCAGGUACCGGAUCAAAGCAUUGUUAUCUUACUGGCCACUACGAUAGAAAUGAUGCUGAAUCUGCAAUCCUUAUCAAUCUGUUUCCUUUCUGGUCCCCAUUCGUUCGUCGAUAUUCGUCAUUUUUCUAUGCAGCAUGUAAAACUGCAUUCCACAAAUUACAUCGCAGUGGAUAUGCCACAGUUGGAGUCGUUCGAAGGACCACUGGACGCGUUGAAAAAACCUUAUCCCACCUCUCAACCGCUGGUGCUCACUAAACUAAAACACGUCACGUUAACGUUUGGCCCGGACAAUCUCGAUGGUCCUUCUAUUAUCCAUCGAUUGGCGCAAGCAGAAACAAUGAAACUGAUGUUCCGCUUGACAGCAGAUCUCUUCCUUGCAAUAUGUGAAGCUUGCACCGCGCUCAAGGAACUUUACUUUUGGCACGUGACCGUUAGUGAUCGAGCCACUACCAGAAAUUUAUCCCAGCUCGUCAAUCUUCGUCAACUAACGUUUCACACCAUUAGCAUCGAAGGACAAGGGUCUUUUAAUUUAGAUUUAGAUUUGAGGGAGCUAAACCAACUGGAGGAACUGGAUAUAGGAUCUAUUGAUUUGGGUGUUACGAGUAUACUCUAUCUUCCUGUGUCGAUGAGAGUUCUUACCGUGAGGAUCAGUGCUCAGAAUGAAGAAAGCAUCAUACACAGCAUUGCCAGCUGUUCGCCGCGGUUGCAAAAGUUGCGUUUGGUUUAUGACGCAAGCAAUAAUACGGAGGUCAACUGGUAUACAAUGAAGUGUCCCAAUCUUUUUGAGCGGCUAGAGGAGCUGGAGUUUGUAAAUGCGCUUUUCAGUGAAGCUGUAUUCAUUGCCAUGAGCGAUCCGAUGUAUCGAUUGUAUCAGCUACGAUUCGAAAAUACGAAUUUGAAUGUAGAACAUAUUAAAAAACUUAAGGAAAUGUUUGGCAAUUGGACGAAAGUUGAUGCGUUUAAUGACAAAAUAGAAUCGAUACCAACUACCGUAGAAGAAUUAGUAGCUGAAGAAAAUUAAGAAAAUUAACUCGGAAAUUUGG